ACUCGCAGUUAUUUUCCUGAGCAGCACUCCAGCGGGUCGCAGCCAUUUCUCUCCUCUGUUGUCCAGCGACAGUUUGACAGGAGCGUCCCCGGAUCGCGACGCUCGAGGCCCGGACACACUCAGCAGUCGGACUCCCCUCGGCCGGAUCUCCCAGCUGAACCGAACCGGGGAUGGACCCGGCGAGCCGAUACCAAGUGUUGCACAACGAGGACGACUCUUCGGAGGCCUCUACCAGCGAGCAGCAGCCAUGCACUUCUGCCGCGGCGCUGGCUGGUACGUCCGGCCAGGACCACAGCGCGGCCCAGGCCAGCUCGUCUGCAGCGGAGGGGUCGGGAUCGAGGACUGAUGGGGAAGCGGAGGCUCCCCCGCCGCCGUACGCGUCCAUCGAACUGGGAGCAACAGCUGCCGUGCCUGAGACUAGUUACCGAAGUGACUUCCCAGUACCUCCACCCUACAGCGUUGCCACCUCGCUGCCCACGUAUGACGAAGCGGAGAAGGCCAAAGCGGCGGCCAUGGCUACCUCCACCGUGGAGGUGAUGCCACGGGACGAUGAAUUCCCUCCCAGAGAUGAUUUCAGCGACGCUGAUCAGCUGCGAGUCGGAAACGAUGGAAUCUUCAUGCUGGCCUUUUUCAUGGCCUUCCUGUUCAACUGGAUCGGGUUCUGCUUGUCCUUCUGUUUGACCAACACCAUUGCAGGACGCUACGGAGCCAUCUGUGGCUUCGGCCUCUCCCUCAUCAAGUGGAUUCUCAUCGUUAGGUUCUCUGACUACUUCACCGGCUACUUCAAUGGUCAGUACUGGCUCUGGUGGAUCUUCCUGCUGCUCGGUCUGCUGCUGUUCUUCAGAGGUUUCGUCAACUAUCUAAAAGUGCGCAACAUGUCCGAGAACAUGGCCACCUCUCAUCGAACGCGUCUCUUCUUUCUCUACUAAAGAUUUCCACGCCAUCACCAUUCCUUUUCAAUGUGAAGUUCCUUCCCUCCCCCUCGAAUGACCUGACUGAGGACUGAAGAGAGGACACCGUGAAGGAAUGAGGGAAAGAAAGUAGGGAGAAAGUGUUACCAGUCCCGUCAAAAGAAUAAAAUGACUCACCGCGCAGCCGCUACUUGUGAACCGGGCCGAAACCAAUACAUCUUCGACGUCCCUUCCCGUGCUUAAUUUCUGUUUUUCUUUGAUUCAAAGCCCUGAACGCAAGAGCACACAGAGAAAUCAUAUCAGAUUUGACCUAACAACGCAAAAUUUAAGCACAAUGAAAUAAAUUCAAUAUUUAUCCUAAAGGAACGGAAAUUUGGUUGUAAGACCUGAAUGAGAAAUGCUCAGUGUCGAGUAGGAGGUGGACACCUCUCUGAAGUUUCUCCUUUGUUUCUAACAUCAAGUAGAGAAUUCACCCUCUGCGUGCUUACUGCACCUUCAGUACUAAUGUAACCAUUCCACAUUGUUUAAUUUUCAGGAUGUUUUUAAAAAGUCUUACUUUAAAGGCCUUUGCACAUAUACAGCACAAAAUCGUUUGGCGUGCCGAUUUUGAUGCACCUGACCCUUCGCUAUUCGGCUAACAAUUGAUUCAGACUGAGGAGGACGACUCCUGCUUCAAAAAUAUUAAUAACGUGAAUUCAAGAAUGAAGAAAUGCUUCUUGUGUGCCAAGGCCUUCACUUCAAAGUGCUGUAGCAUUUAACACGUGAACUUGUGCAGUGCGGUCAAAUUAAAUCGUGGUUUAGCCGAUAGUUUUAUGGUGGACAUCUCAGCCUCUCUACCCCCGAGAAGCAGCAGCACAAGAGCUAAAAGGAAGAUUUUUAGAUUCAGGGCACUGAAAUGUGUAUGACGAAAACGAGACACAUGCACGGCUCCAUUCACGUAUCACAAACCAAACUUACAGCAACUUCAGACUCACCCAGAGGUGUGGUGGACACCUUAGUCCACCACA